AGGUUUUAGGUAGGGUUACAGGAGUGCAGCUGUGCUGGUGAGUAAGCCAGAGGAUUGAGUAGAUUAUAAAGACUUUUCUGUCCUUUCUUCUUCCCUUUGCUGGAGAGGCACUAAGUUCUGGCUUUUCCUAAAACUGAGGUUAGGUGUGUAAUGAAGAUCUUGGAACAAGAUGUCUCUCCCAAGCCAGCGUCGUUCUCUUAUUACUAACCCUCCUCCACCAGAAUAUAUAAACAACAGAAAUAGUGGGUGUCAAACAAACCAACUUCAGUACUUACAGAGAGUGGUCAUGAAAGCCAUGUGGCGACACAACUUUUCCUGGCCGUUUCAUCAGCCUGUAGAUGCAGCAGCACUGAAUCUUCCUGAUUACUACAGUAUUAUAAAGAAACCUAUGGACCUGAGCACAAUUAAAAAGCGUCUGGAACAUAAUUACUACACAAAAUCUGCAGAAUGCAUUGAUGACUUCAAAACUAUGUUCUUGAACUGCUACAUAUAUAACAAGCCAGGUGAUGACAUUGUGUUUAUGGCCCAAGAACUAGAAAAAGUGUUCAUGCAGAAAAUAGCACAAAUGCCACCAGAAGAAAUACUGAUUCCCGACAAAGGAAAAAGAAAAGAAAAGCUGUCAGAAGAAACUCAGCAUCCAAACAGUGGGACUUCAUCUAAACAGAGCACAAGGCAGAAACAAGCUGAAAGUGGUGAGCAGCCUACAGCGAUAACUCAAGAGCUACAGAAGGCUACGCUACCUCCUUUGUCUGCAGCUCAGCUGACUGCUUUAAUGCCAGCUGCCAUCCCUAUCGCGAAAACAAAAAAAGGUGUGAAAAGGAAGGCUGACACUACAACUCCUACUACAUCAAUACUCACAACAAGCAGUGAAUCUUCUGCAACAUGUAACAAAAGAAAAACUGUUAAAGCAUGCAAAGGUGAAAAUGAAUGUAUGAUACCAAAGAAGAUUCUGAAGAAGGGCUUACCAGAUUCUCAGAAAUCACCUAGAGUUCUUAAAAAGACUCAGUUAUCAAAACAACUAAAAUAUUGUAAAGAAAUUCUUAAGGAAAUGUUCUCAAAGAAACAUUCAGCUUAUGCACGACCUUUCUUAAGAUCCGCAGAUGUUGUAUCCUUCUCACUUGGUGAGAAAAAAGGGAUCACCAAAUGUCCUACAGAUCUGGGAACCAUUAAAAAAAAAAUGGAUAAUUUUGAAUAUAGAGAUAUACAAGAAUUUGCCACAGAUGUUAGAUUAAUGUUCAUGAAUUGCUACAAACGUAAUUCUCCAGACCAUGAAGUGGUUGCCAUGGCAAAAAAACUUCAGGAUGUUUUUGAGACUCACUUUGCCAAAAUUCCUGAUGAACCAGCUACAAGUGUUCUUCUGCCACAGCACACAAGGGAAAUUACAAAAGCUUAUUCCAGUGACAGCAGCAGUGAUGAUUCUUCAGAAGAAAAAUCAUCUGAAGACUUUGAAAAGGAGAGAACAGUGUACCUUGCAAAGCUUCAGGAGCAGCUUAAAGCUGUUCACCAGCAGUUGCAGGCUUUGACCAGAGCAUCCUUACCUAGAUUGAAAAGGAAAAAAGAGAAAGCUAAAAGAGAAAAGGGGGAGAAAAAGGAAAAAGCUAAAGCAAGCCUGAUUCAAAAGAAGAAAGAUCUAAAACACAAGAAGUCUAAGAAAAAGCAGUCUUCAAACAUUCAAUCAAAGAAAACCAUCCAGCAGGUCUUGUUGGCACAUAAGUCAGAAGAUGAUGAUGGUGCCAAGCCUAUGAAUUAUGAUGAAAAAAGGCAGUUGAGUUUGAGCAUAAAUAAGCUGCCUGGAGAUAAGCUUGGGAAAGUAGUCCAUAUAAUACAAUCAAGAGAACCGUCACUGAGGAAUUCUAGCCCUGAUGAGAUAGAAAUAGACUUUGAAACUUUGAAGGCUUCAACGCUCAGAGAAUUAGAGAAAUACGUGGCAACCUGUUUGAGGAAGAGACCAAGAAAGCAGCAUGCCAAAAAAGCAAUGAAGUCAAAACAACAGCUUCUUUCUGAGAGGAAACAAGAGCUGGAGAAGAGACUACUGGAUGUCAAUGGUCAGCUAAAUCCAAAGAAAGAGAACUUCAAAUUUGAAAGUAGUGCUGAGUCCAGUAUUGGACCGAGCCGACUGAGUGAAAGCAGCAAUGGCAGCAGCUCCUCGGACUCAGGCAGCAACACCAGCAGUGCUUCCAGCUCCUCAGACAGCAGUGACUCUGAAUCGGUUAUGGAAACGUGCUCAGAACAGAAUGGAAUAAGGCAAAACUGCCUAACUUCUUUGGAACAGCCUAAGGUAAACUGACUGUCGUGGAUAUAACGUUUGAUCUCAGCAGUUAACUGGUACAUGCGACAGUAUUGGAAAGUACACAAGAUGAGCAGGGAAUAAUGAACAUAGCUUGAAUA